AAUUUUUUUUAAAAAUUGAGAAACAGAAAUAAAAGUUUGGGAAAGAGAGAGAAGAUAAAGAUCAAGCAAAGCCGCCCCUCGUGAAUCAAUCUAAGGUUUAGAAAUUGCUAACCCGGGUAUUAAAAAUUGAGUUCUAUGUGAGUAAUCUUUGGGUUGGAGAGUAAUUUGAUCACGAAGUUCAUAAUAAAGAAGGGCUGCAUUAAUCAGAGGGUUUAAGGAGAGAUAUCAUGGCUUGCCGAGGGUGCCUCGAGUGCCUUCUGAAGCUUCUAAAUUUUCUCUUGACGAUUUCUGGAUUGGCAAUGGUGGGAUAUGGAAUCUACUUGUUGGUAGAGUGGAGCAGAAUUUCUGGUGGUGGGGAUGAUCCGAUCUCGCCGGUCAGCAGUAAUGCUGAGAUCUUGCAACUGGGUCGACCGAUGCUUCUUGUUGUUUCACUAUCGGAGAGUAUUGUCGAUAAGCUUCCAAAAGCUUGGUUCAUCUACUUAUUCAUUGGUAUUGGAGCUCUUCUCUUCAUAAUAUCUUUCUUUGGCUGCAUUGGAGCUGUGACAAGAAGUGGAUGCUGCCUGUCUUGUUAUGCUUUCUUGGUUAUCCUUCUGAUUCUAGUUGAACUGGGGGCUGCGGCUUUCAUGUUCUUUGACCAUAGUUGGAAAGAUUUGAUUCCAGUUGACAAAACUGGAAACUUCGAGAUGAUGUAUGAUUUUUUGGAGGGAAACUGGAAAAUUGUUAAAUGGGUUGCUCUAGGAGCUGUUGUUUUAGAGGCACUGGCUUUCUUGCUUGCUCUUGCAGUCAGAUCGGCAAAUAUGCCUCCAGAAUAUGACAGUGAUGAAGAGUAUAAUAACCCGAGGUCAAGCGUGCAUCAACCAUUGAUAAAUCGGCAGGGAGUUGCAGCAACUGGCGUCCCUGUAGCUCCCACUCUCGAUCAUCGGCCUAGCAGGAACGAUGCCUGGAGUCAGCGGAUGAGAGAGAAGUAUGGGCUUGACACUUCGGAGUUCACGUACAAUCCGUCAGAUUCAAGCAGGUUCCAGCAAACGGCAGCGCCUCCUGCAGAAGAAAAAGGAAGAUGCACCAUACUUUGAAUUUGAAGAAUCUAAAGUGGAUAUCUUUUCCUGAAGAAAUGUUGUUGGCUUCUGUUUGCUGAUUGUGUGAAGCGAGUCUUAGUGUUUGUUAAUGUCAUAGUUGUCUCAGUGGAAAAAAAAAAAAAUCAGUUCUCUGUCCAUUUCCGUUGAUGUAAAGCAUAAAUUUGGCCACUUUGAGGAUUUGAAGAGCACAUUGUAUUGAUCAGUGAUUGUGUUUAAGUGUUCUGCUCUGUGGUUUGAACUGAAGAAUAGAGACGGCGAUAAUUUUGCAGCAGUUGUGAAUGUAGUUGUCUCGGCAGUUGAACUUGGAUGUUGAAUAAAAUUGUACAUCUUGACUGUAAAAAAUGUGCUGUUCAUUACAAA